GUUAAAUAACAAGAUACUUUACUUAUUCUCCAAAACGUGUAUUUUAUAUACAUAGAUAAGUGCACAGAUGUUAGUUUGACGGAGCCAGAGAAGACAGUGAAUGAUGAACUUCCAAAAACAGACUACUGUGUGGUUAUCAAUGUGCAGACUGCUGAUGUUUAUGCUUUUGGAAGCAAAGACACAGAGGGAGCUGAAAACACUUGCUCCAAAGCAGACAUUGCGAGUCCAACUCGCAAGCCACAAGGAAGUCCUGAUACCUUGGCAGAAGUCCCAGUUAAAGGAAAGAUGCUUUCAGACAGUGUUGAUGCAUUAGGUGUCUCUGGUGCAGAUAUAGGUCAGCAGACAGACUCCAGCAAACAUAAAUCUGGUAUGGGUGAAAGCCAUAUAGUUUAUAAUAUGUUUGAUAAGACCUUUACCACCACCAUAGAAUGCUGCAAAAGUGACUUUAUUAGUGAGCUAUCCAACCCUGAAGACAAGCCUGUUUCCAGCAUUGAGUAUAACACAGUAAAUGAAGAACUGAAGGAUAGUAAGCAAGAACAGAGUGAGUGUAGCCCUGAAUCCGUGUCCCAGACCACAGCUAGAAGUGAUAAAGACAAGCAGAAAUGUAGUUUAAAGGAGCUAAAUUGUUGUCAUAUAGUAGACGAAGGCACUGAAAUGGUAUGCAAAUUAAAACAAACAAACCAGCAAAACCCAGAAGAAAUGUGUUCAGCCUCUGCUGUUCUUCCUGUUUCUAACAUCCCUUCAACAGCAGACUCUGAGGAACAAAGAGGUUUUACUAAUAAUGGUAAUAAUAUGUGUAACGCUGAUAAAAGAGACGGUGCAAGUAGUUGCACAUUCCCACACAACAGAUUUCUAAAGGAGAACAACAAUUAUACAGACACACAGAGCAAGUGCCAACUAACUGUACCCCAUAACAUUUCCCAGAACAGUAACCUGACUGCCAACACUGAAACUAUCAAUCUAUCUGAAGAAAACGCACCGUAUCUAAAUCAGUAUAUUAUCAAAGAGGAUGCCCCUGAAACAAAGCAUAAUUCACCUGACAAUACAGCUGUGGUGCUGAGUAAUACUGUGCCUGAAACAUCUGUGCCUGAAACAUCUGUGCCAAACACUUCAUAUCAAAACAAUCUUAUUGUAAAAGAGGAUACUACUGUAAUAGAAAAUGUUUCAUCAAGCAAUACUGGUGUAGCACUGAGCAACAAACAGGACAUUAAAAUGAUACACACCUCCGAAAACUGUGACAUUUCCAUUGCCAAGGCCGUAAUGCAUAACAGCCUUGAAGAUAAUGAAGUUGAAUAUUCCAAACAUAUUGAGGAAAACAACCCAUUUGCAAGUGUCAGUAAAGGAGAUAAAGAUGAAGCUCUCAAACAUGGAAACAGCUCAUCCGAGGAUAAAUGCAACAAUGGGUCUCCAAAUGAAUGUUGUAAAGAAGAAACAGUAAAACCAGCUUUUAUCGUAAGUCCAUCGCAUGUUUCAAUAAACAAAAAAGUUAGGUCAGCAUUUGAUUUAGGGCUGUUAAGAAAGAAGGAUGUGCAUAGGCCAUUGUCUUGGAAAUACACAGAUUUUCAUUAUGCUCCAAAAGCAAAUCAAGAAAGAAUUGCUACAAACAGGGCCUCAACUCCUCUGAUUCCACAUUUUCUUAAAAGAAAACAAGAUUCUACAGACUGUCAAGAUCUUCCUUCAUCCUCUGCAUUGUCUAAGCCACUUUUGGAUGAUAAUGUAAGAAAACAUUAUAAGACAGAUUCCCCUACUAUUAAAAGAGUUCCUGACAUGUUGAAUACAUCCAGUACCGGUGUUCAUCUUUGCCACAAGAGAGAUCCUAGAGAGGAAUGGAAAGCAGUAGCACAGGCUUUUUGUGAAUUCUCUUCCACAGAACAUGAGAGCCCACACUUUGCAAAGUUACAAAUUCCUUAUACAUCGGUCCCUUCCCAAGCUGUAUCCAGUUCUAAAACUGAUUCAGUGGCAGAUCAUCUACAUGACCCUGUGUUAAUUGCACACAACAAACACGAGACUUCCAUUUCUGCAUCCGGUUUUGAAAACAGUUCACCAGAGACUGAUGAGUGGGAUUAUCAACAAAUCAGUAUCAAUGAUCAGGUCAGCAAGAUUGAGAAGUUUCUAAGUUUGGAAAAACUAAGACGAACAAGGAAAAGAAAAGUUGAUGGAAGCAUAAAUGAACUGGAGAAAAAUGCUAUAUCAGAACUGUAG